AUGACCUCUACUACUGACUCCAAUGUUGCUCGACUGACCGAGAUGGUCGCCAACCUGGCAGUCCAGGUCGCCGCUUUGUCGCCGUUGGCCCACAACGCCAACACCGGCGCAGCUGUGCCCUCUCCAGCACCUGCUGCCAUCACUGCCUCCCCUACUUUGCCUGUUGCUACGGCGCCACCUGUUGCUGCGUCGCCGCCUGUCGUCCCUCCCUCAGGCAUCGGUGAAGAUCCUAGCGCCGCCGACGACCCCCAAGCGGGUGCCUUGUACGACCCCCAAGCGGGUGCCUCGUCCAAUGCUUACCGAUGCUGGUAUGUCGUUAUCGCAGGCCUCCAGGUUGGAGUUUUCCGCGGGUGGACAACCACCGCUCCUCUCGUCCUAGGCAUUGCCGGCUCCAUCUACAAUAGGGAGCCCACCCGCGAGACCGCCAUCAUGGCUUUCAACGUAGCAGCCUCCCUUGGCCAAGUCCGCCUUGUCGACUGA